GUCAGUUCCCCGCUGCCCUCCCUCCUCCUACACAGUUGACAGUCAGUGAGCGAAACAAACAUGGCGACGGCGUCGAGCGGACGCGGGUUUCUGCGAACUUUAUUGCUCUUUACUCACCUCGCGGCGGGCGUCCGGGCCGAGGUGGCGUUGGCAGAGCCGCGGACAGCCACGCGGAUCCUCGGCAUGCGGCUGGAACGCAGCGACACGCCGGCCGUGACCACCGAGCGUGGGGUGAUCCAGGUAACUGAGGGCAGCGACAUCCUGGUCCGGUUCUACGGGCUCCACUUAUUCCCGAACAGCUCCGCGCUGGUCCGCUUCACCGAGCUUUACUCCAGCGAGGCGGAGGACGAUGCCCACGGCGCCGUGGAGGUGCCUCUCAAUCGGACGUGCCCGGAACACAGCAAGGACUUGGUGGUGAAGGGCACCAUGAGUGUGAGUAACCGCAACACGUCCGGGUUGGCCACCGUCACCGUCAAGCAACUCCGCAAGAGCGAGGUCGUCAAGGUGUUCGCCCUAUGCGUGCGGGACCCCCUGGACCCCCCGGACGUGUGGACCCUCUUGGACGAACGGGACGGCCGGGUGCGCGUGGUGGAGGUGAAGAAGUCCCUGCUCCCCGUGUGGCUUCAGGUGAUUAUCAUCUCGUUUUUGCUGGUCCUGUCGGGCAUGUUCAGUGGGCUAAACCUGGGCCUUAUGGCUCUGGACCCCAUGGAGCUGCGCAUCGUGCAGAGUUGCGGCACUGAAAAGGAGAAGAAAUACGCCCGCAAAAUCGAGCCCAUCCGCCGCAAGGGCAACUACCUCCUCUGCUCGCUCCUCCUGGGGAACGUUCUGGUGAACACCACACUCACAAUCUUGCUGGAUGACCUAACCAAGUCGGGCGUGGGCGCAGUGGUAGCCUCCACGGUGGGCAUCGUGAUCUUUGGAGAGAUUGUGCCCCAAGCAUUGUGCUCACGCCACGGCCUGGCGGUAGGUGCCAACACCAUCCUGGUCACCAAGCUGUUCAUGCUGCUCACCUUCCCGCUGUCAUGGCCCAUCAGCAAGCUGCUGGACUGUGUGCUGGGCCAGGAAAUCGGCACUGUCUACAACCGUGAGAAGCUGGUGGAGAUGCUGAAGGUCACGGAGCCCUACAAUGACCUGGUGAAGGAGGAACUAAACAUGAUCCAGGGGGCGUUGGAGCUCCGCACCAAGACGGUGGAGGACGUGAUGACGCCACUCGGCAACUGCUUCAUGAUCCACAGCGAUGCUGUGCUAGACUUCAACACCAUGUCGGAGAUCAUGGAGAGCGGCUACACGCGCAUCCCUGUUUACGAGGGCGAGCGUUCCAACAUUGUGGACGUGCUUUUUGUCAAGGACCUGGCCUUCGUCGACCCGGAUGAUAGUACCACGCUUAAGACCAUCACCAAGUUCUACAACCACCCAGUGCACUUUGUCUUCCAUGACACCAAGCUGGACUCCAUGCUGGAGGAGUUCAAGAAAGGUAAAUCCCACCUAGCCAUCGUUCAGAAGGUGAACAACGAGGGCGAGGGUGACCCAUUCUACGAAGUUCUGGGCCUGGUCACGCUGGAGGACGUCAUCGAGGAGAUUAUCAAGUCGGAGAUUCUGGAUGAAUCUGACCAGUACACUGACAACCGCACCAGGAAGAAGGUAGCACCCAACAAGAAUAAGAGAGACUUCUCAGCCUUCAAGCACGAGAGCGAGUCCAAGGUGAAGAUCUCACCUCAAUUAUUGCUGGCAGCCCACCGCUUCCUGGCCACAGAGGUGACCUUGUUCAACCCAGCUCAGAUCUCUGAAAAGGUGCUGCUGCGAAUCCUGCGGCACCCCGACGUCAUACAGGAGAUCAAGUUCAAUGAGAGUGACAAACGUUCACCGCAUCACUACGUCUACCAGAGGGGAAAAUCUGUUGACUACUUCAUACUCAUAUUGCAGGGUCGAGUGGAGGUAGAGGCCGGCAAUGAGAACAUGAAGUUUGAGACGGGACCCUUCUCUUACUAUGGCAUCAUGGCGCUCAGUGCUCCCAUGCUGGAAUUCCGCUCACCAUCGCACAUUAGCGGCCUAAACCGCACGUCGUCACUGGGCGGCACUGACCGGGCCGAGUCGCUGUCGGUGAGCGGCAGCAACAGUCAGCUGAACACUCAGCUCAGCAGUCAGCUCAACUGCACCACCAUCUACACGCCUGAUUUCUACGUACGAGCCCUUACCGACCUGCAGUUUGUCAAGAUCACUCGCUCGCAGUAUCAGAACGGGCUGAUGGCGUCACGUCUGGACAGCACGCCGCAAUCGCCCGUGAGCGUCCACCAGCUGGCCGCCCUGACGGGGCCCGAGACGAACGCCUCCGACCUCACCCUUGGCGAGCUGGUCGUCGAGCUAGACCCUGCGGGGCUCACAGAAAAUGGGCCCGACGAGACCACCCUGCUGCUUCUCAACCAGCGGAACUCUCCUAACGACACCAACCACCGUGGACAGCUGAACAACAGCGUCUAAAGCCUCCUCCUCCACCUCCUCCUCCUCUUCCUCCUUUUCCCACAUGCUUGCACGCAGCCGAGACUCAGGGAGACUCACGCCCCCCCUCCCCAUACCUCCUCCACCGUUGCCCCCAAAAUCCAAAUCAUCCCUUAUUCCGUAGAGAGAUUCAUUGAGGUGUGGAUGCGCAACUAUGUGUCACCAAGGCGACAAUCGGUGCGACAAUGAAUGUAGUGUUUCAAUGGGUCGUUUGUGUGCGUGUUUGUGUGUGUGUGUUUGUGUGUCACAGGAACCAAAAAUAGGGAAAUCUUGCUUUAAGAGAAACUUUAUUUAUUUUGUACCGAGAAGGAUUUGGGCCACACUUGAAAAAAUAAACAACAACAAAUAAUUAAAACAACAAAAUCUGCGAAAAUUUGCAAGAAAAUCUGAAUACAGUGUGAUUGGGACCAAGAUAUAUCUCUAUUGUAAUGCCCAAAAAGUUAUACUCAAAACUUUUAAUGAGGAUAAAUAAAGUUUUUUUAGAGUAGAAUUCCAAUGUUGUUUAGAAAAUAUUGUACCGUUUUGGGAGGAAAAAAAUAGCCAGAUUUUACAAUUAUACACCGUAUUUUUACAGAAAUAUGUGGAAACAACUUCUUCCAAUGUGCUAGUUACAGAAAAUUUUAAUGUAAUGAAAAAAAGUUGCAUUUUGGGGAAAUUCAAUCCAAAUACUGUAUUACUCCAAAAAAUUGUCUUAUGACAGAAAAAGUUGUGUAAAAUCUGUAGUACAAUGAGCAUAAAGGUGUAUUUAAUGUUUUAAUGAUAAUGCUGAUGAUGCAGUGAAGCAAUAGAGUAAACCUGUAUUUUUUUAAGAAUAAAAUCAGAGUAUGCAGGUAAAAAAAAUAUCCACACGAGUUAAUUUAAGAAAAAAAACAUUGAAAUGAAAUCUUUGUCUUCCAAGUUUAGUGCUGUGUUUUUGUUUUAUGCAUUGUCAUGAUAUUUCAACAUUCUCCUCGAUUUAUUCUUCAAAUAUAUACAUGUUGCAGUUUUUUUUACAUGAGUAAAGUGAUAUUUCACCCUUUAAAUUAGAACUUUUUCAUGUAAUACUACAAGUCUUUUUUUAAAAUAUAAUAACAGCGCUUUAUGCUUGCAAUAUUUUAAAAUAAUAUUAGGACUUUAUCCUUGCAAUAUGACAACUUAAUGCUUUUUGAAGCCAUUUCCCUGCAAUUCUAAUUAUUUAACAAUACUUUUUUUUUAAUGCAGAAACGAUAUUUAAUCUUCCCUUAAAUUUUUUUUUUCCUCAUUGUGUGGAUUGUCACAUAUCUGACUUUAUUAUUGGUAUCAAAAUGUCUUUUUUUUUUUUUUUUAAAACUCUGUUUAGACUUUAUUUUUCUAAAAUUUAAACCUCAGUCUGAUUACAUUUCCACUUCUUUAGCUGUAAUAUCAGAAUUCUAACAUAAGCAUGAAAUAUAUACUUAAUUGUGAAAUUAAUGUUUCUAUAGAUUUAAAAGGUUUGGACUUUGGGCGCAUGUCAUGUUAAUUUGAGUUAGAUUUUUUUUUCUUACUACUGUUUUAUUCAUUUCCAGUGUGGCCCUAAUCACCCCCAGUACAUUUGAAACAGUUCCUUGCAUUUUUUUUAAAUUUUCAUUUAAUUUUUUUUUUGUCUGCCAUGUGAUUUAAUUGUUAUGCCUCAUGGUGAGAUGAAUGUUGUUGUUGUUUGUUUUUUUUCCCUGCAUUAACUGGUUUAUUUGGUUUGAAUCGUAUGUGGGGAAACGUGUAGCACCGUUCACAGCGUGACACACUCCGGCCUUUAAUUGACUGUAAAAUAUCGAGUGAGCCUCUUAAAGGAGCAGUCUUUUUUUUAUAGCAACAUUUUAUCUUGUUUUUGUUGGAUUUCAACUGUAAUUUGUUGAGAAAAAUUAUACUAAUAAUAGCUUUCCUUGGUGAGACACUGAUGGCAGAAGAAGGCUGCUGCUGUACUACUUUCGUUUUUAUUUUUACUGGUGAACUUAACUAUGUAUGCUGCCAGGGCAUUGUGAGAGUUUGCUGCAAAUUCUUUUGUAUUUAUUAUUUUUUUUUCCCAAACAAGCGUGCGAUCGACGUGAUAAAGGUACAUAAAGUUCUGGAGGCUGGAGAAAUAGCAGUGAUGUUCUUUUAAAGAGUAGGAAAAAGGCUUGAAAUAUGAUUAAUUUUGAAGGAAUAAAGUUGGAAUAUCACUGGGAAAAAAAACUUAAAUUGUGAAAAUAAAAUCUUAAGUAAUAUUGCGAUAAGUCAAAUUACAAAAAAAAUAAAAUUGUAGUUGUUUAAGGGCAAAAGUCACAAAAUUUAAGCUUUUUUUCCACAUUUUUUGUUUUUAUUCUUGAUACUACAAUAGUGGAUGAAGGUAUUUCUUUACUCUCAGAAUGUUUCCAAUUAUUAUUUUGCCAAUAUUAUAAAAUUACAUAUUUUUGUGUAAGGAGUUCUUGUAAAUCAAAAUGUUAUUCCUAUAAAACGACAAAUUUGACUCGUGAAUUCCAAUUUUCUUUUUUCUUACAAUAUUACUUUUUUGGGGUAAAGUUCAAAUUUCAUUUUUUAUAAAAAUUUCCAUUCAAUUCCAGUAAAAUUGCACUUUUUUUCUUCCUCAAAAAAGGACAACUUCAUUCAUCCUCAAACACAUUUGCAGCAGGGACAAAAAAAUUCCCUUAAAAUGUGGUAUUUUUGUAAUCGUACAAGUAAAAGUACAUCAUUUUAAUUUUUUGAAGUUACGGGUUUAAUUAUAUUUUCUUAAAAUGACAAAAUUAAUUUACGUAAAAUGACAAUGGUUGUCGUUGUGAAAUUGCACAAUUUAUUCUCCUAAAAUUCCAAUCUUAAUUCUCGUAAAUUUUUCUCUAUAUUAUGACUUUAUUGUCACUGUUUGGCAAUGAUCUGGAAUAAAAGUGUGCAUAUAGGAAAGUAUUUUUUGGGAUACCUCCCAAAAUCCCAAUCCAUAACGCUCAUACAUACUGCUUAUGUUCACCCUGAUGGAGGUCUGAGCUUUUUUUUUUUUUUUUUCUUCUCCCAGGGGAGGGGGAGUUCGCUAUAAAAAUAUACCAAAGAGUUUGGUGAGCCCCCACAACCUCCUCUCUUUGUGACAUGCCCACUUUGUAGUUACCAUGGAAACACUUAACAUGCUCACCCGCUCCUAUCGGUUGGCAAAUUGAUCACAACACUAAGCUUUAUGUGUUUGUGCACAACUACACUAAAAAAGAAAAAAAAAUCCCAAAGUAAGAUCAUGGUGGAAUUGUGGGACUGUUCGAGUGAUGCCAGCGUGCUGUAAAUAGCGCUCAGAGGAAUCUCACAGUGACAAUGAUACUGCGACUAGAUCUGAAAGAGAAAAGAAAUAAGUGAAGGCUUGAGUACAAAGGGCAGCAUGGUUCCGAGGACUAGGGUUCAAAUCGUGGUCCCACUUGUGUGGUAUUUGUAUGUCCGCCCCCGCGCCUCUGUGUAUUUUCUCCGGGACCUCGAGUUUCCUUCCACAUCUCAAUAACAUGCAUAGUAGUUUGACUGAAGAUUCUAAAUUUCCCAUAGGUGUGACUGUGUGUGCGAAUGGUUGCUUAUAUGUGCCCUGCGAUUGGCUGGCGACCAGUUCAGGGUGUACCCCGCCUCUCACCCAGAUUCAGCUGGGAUAGGCUCCAGCACGCCCGCGACCCUUGUGAGGACCAAGUGGUACAGAAAAUGGAUGGGAGAAGUACUUGAUGCACUACCAAUAAAUAGAGUUGAAAACAGAAGCUCGGAGUGAUGGCACGUUGGCAGUGUCCUACAAAUGGAGCACCAAGUCCACACGUCAUGCUAGAAAUUGUGCUGACAAAAACCCACGCGGUGACACCAAAGUGCUACUAAAAGCUGAAAAAUAAGACCAGGUGCCGCGCAGUGCGCAGUCAAAAACUUGGGGUGCAAAAGUGCUACAAAUACAGAAAAAUAAAAGGCCACGGAGUGGGACGGCAGCCUGAAAAUCAAGCACGAAUACGUUUUCCUCUAUUCUAGAAUGUCGGCUGUCCUGGAAUUAAAACUAUAGCAGCCAAUUGGACACACGCACUUCAGUCCAUUGUUGCCAUGCAAAUUAAAUGACAAAAGGACCAUUAUAAUGAAUGUUUUUGUUUAGUGUCAUAUUGUUCACAUACAGUAGAUAUGUUCCUCAAAAAUAGUUUUUGUGUGUGUGUGUGUGUGUGUUUAUUCAUGGAUGCACUUUAAUAAGGAAAGCAGUAUUUCCCCUACCACCAAAAAAAAUUUCCAAUAUUUUUUUGUUUUUUUUUAUGUCACAAUAAGGACUUUGUUCAAAAUGAAACUGCUUUAAAAGAAACUCGCUUGUCAUUUUGUUGCCUUCGGCCACUCGGGAACUCAUUUCAAUUAAUUCAACCCUGAAUGCUUUCAACCAAACUGCGAUUUAAGCGUAUUCUCAGUACCUGUCAAUCAAGUUUUUUUUUGUACUUCACAACACUGUUGAUGAUGGAUAAUGUGUGUGCGCAUGAGUGAGCACGUGAGUAUGCGUGUGGCCGCUAAUCUGAGAGCGAGCUAAAGCGGGAACGAACUGAAUAAUUUCUUUUGUUCCUGUCAAUAUUUUAGUGAUAAAUCCCAAAAUGGCAAAAAAAAAGUUGUAAAUAGUAUUUUAUAAUUUCUGUCCUAAUAGGUUUUCAUGAGGAAUGUUGUUGUUAUUAAUAAAUCUGAGAUCGACACGAUGUCUGUCUUGUUGAGUCCAAUUCUCAAAGUUUGUACGAGUACCAUUUGCAGUACGCGGUCUCCCUGCAACAGUAUUUGUUGGCUUUUUUGUUUUUUGUUUGUUUUUUUGGUUCAGCGCCAUUCAGUUGUUUUACACUUUAAAAUUCAGUGCAAUUGCAUUUAAUCUUUGAGACAAUUUUGGUGUCAUUUUUAUGUAACUCUCGUGCGCAAUGCAUUUGAAUGAAAUUGUGUGUUUCUUUCGGCUUGUCCCUUUCGGGGUUGUUGGCAUCUCAGAUGAACGCAUAUAUAUGUUUGGCACAAUUUUUACGCCUGAUGCCCUUCCUGAUGCAACCCUUCUCAGGGAGUGGAGGCCCCAGUGGGAUACGAACCCACAACCCCUGGUUUACCAAACCAGUGAACUACAGGUCCUAUAUACAUUUCAAUGAAAUUAAUACUGAAGUACUGUUUUUAAAAUGUAUAUUAUUUAUAUGCAUAAGGUGGCUCAUGUUACGGUGGCUUAAAAUAAUAUUAAGUUAUCCAGAAGGCUACUUGCAAAGGAUGUGAGGGUUCUUGACAAUAUCGUAAAUAAUAUUGUCUUGCGAAUAAUGUUAUAUAUUUUAGUCUUUUUUAAAAUUAGUUUACUUUGUUCCUGUAAUUUUCAUCAAAUUAAAAUUUUUACUAUAUUUCUUAUCUUGAAAAAAAUCCAUUCUUA